GCUCGCUCUAAUUCUAGUGUCGUCUUUGCUCUUCGGUCCUAGACGUCAGGAAAAUUAUACAUAAGAAAUCUGAAUUGGUCUAAGCUAGCUUUAUCGUUUUGCUCAUAGUAAUUCUGUUCAACUUGGUUGCCUGCGUUAUAAGUAGAAGAUCUUGAAGUUUCUAUACUCAUUCGUACUCAGAUACGAUAGUGCGGUAUAGAUGCAGAAUUCGGUCUUUAUCCAUGGAAGACAGAAGUGCAGAAGUCAGUCCGCUACUGUACACCCAGUCGGUGGACAUGGGCUGCCAAGACCAUGACAGACUUUAUAACACAUGCGAAACCAAUAGAGAACAGAGCUUUGAUCGAGAGGAUGAAGCAAUUUGGCGUGACUGCUCCGAUAGCGAGGUAGAUGAUACUACUAGCAUUAAGAUUCGCCGUGCUAGCCGACUGAAAGAGAUUGGUGGUUGGAUUGGAUAUUUGAAAGACUUCUCAAUUUUUUUCCCAUACAUUAUACCGAAGAAGGAUCGAACUGUACAAGCUUGUAUCAUUCUUAACCUACUUUGCUUGAUCGGCAACAGAAUUCUCAAUGUUCUAGUUCCGCGCCAGCUUGGCCUCGUUGCUGACCAACUUCUCAAAGGUCAAUCGCCAAUAAAAGCUCUACUAAUUUGGCUUGUUCUCAGCCUUUUGAAUGAAGAAUCAGGCAUCGGCCUCAUCCAAUCGCUGAUCAAGAUACCAAUUAAACAGUUUUCUUAUCGGCAGAUCAGCAAUGCUUCUUUCAAUCAUAUCAUGAACCUCUCUUUGGAUUAUCACUCAGAGCGGGAUUCAGCAGAAGUCAUGAAGGCUAUAGAACAGGGCGAAGCGCUCGCUAAUAUAUUAGAAACGCUGAUCUUAGAAAUCCUGCCAACUACACUGGAUCUCAUUGUUGCUUUUGGGUUUCUCUACUGGAAAUUCGGUAUUUAUGUUCCAUUGGUCAUGGCAAUUGCCUCGGUCGUCUUUAUGUGCCUCCAAGUUAUAACUUCAAAGUGGAACAUCGAUAAUCGUCGUCAGUCCGCCAGGGCCCAGAGAGAGGAAUCUCGCGUUAUGCAUCAAGCCGUGCAAGGUUGGCAAAAUGUAGCUUACUUCAAUAUGUUCCAAUUUGAGUCUCUCCGUUUUGGAGGUGCAGUAGGGGCACAACUUGCAGCGAGCGCAAAAUGGAGCAGGCAAGAAGCAUAUACUCAAGCAUUGCUCGAGUCUAUGAUCCCUACAACAUUUUCCACCUUGGCUGGCCUUGUUUUUUAUGAAAUACACCAGGGCAAAGCGACCGCUGGCGAUUUUGUUUUUCUUAUUCAAUAUUGGGACCAUUUGAUCUUUCCGCUGAAGAUGCUGUUCCAUGAGUACAGGUUCAUCAUGUCGGAUCUAAUUGAUGCUGAACGUCUGAUGGCUCUGCUGCAAACCAAACCGAGUAUAAUCGAUCAAGAGGAUGCCCAGGACUAUCAAAAAGCUGUGGGACGCGUUGAUUUCGAACAAGUCAAUUUCUCGUACCAUCCCACGAAGGCUACGAUUCAAAACUUGACGAUCUCAGCUGCUCCAGGGCAAACCGUUGCUUUCGUCGGUGAGACUGGUGCGGGGAAAUCCACCAUAAUCAAACUACUUCUCCGUUUUUAUGACGUUGACUCCGGCCAUAUUCACAUUGAUGGCAGAGAUAUUCGGAGCAUGACCCUCAACUCACUCCGGUCUAUUAUAGGUGUUGUUCCCCAAGACCCGAUGCUCUUUAAUGCGACAAUUCUGGAGAAUCUCCGCUACGCCCGAAUAUCAGCAUCAGACCAUGAAAUAUUCGAUGCUUGUCGCGCUGCUUCUAUACAUGACAAUAUCCUUGGCUUUCGCAACGGAUAUAAUACGAAGGUUGGCGAAAAUGGAAUCAAGUUGUCUGGAGGUGAGAUCCAGCGGCUCGCUAUUGCAAGAGUCUUUUUAAAGGGUCCUCCAAUUAUCGUCUUUGAUGAGGCCACAAGUUCUAUGGAUUCCAACACAGAGCGAACUAUUCAACAAGCUCUGGACAGUUUAAAGGUUGGAAGAACUACGUUUAUAAUUGCUCACCGUCUUUCCACUAUAGUUGGCGCAGAUAAGAUUCUUGUUGUUCAAAAUGGUAGAAUCAUAGAGAGUGGUACUCAUAACGAGUUGAAAGAGAUGAAAGGGGUAUACAAUGAUCUUUGGGCCAAACAAAUUGGCAAUUGAUACCAUAAGUAGCAAUAGAAGUAUGUGG